AUGGAGAGAGCGACACAGCCUCCACCAGUAGCUGAGGAGCAGAAUCAAGAAGCAGAGCAGCUUCAGAAUCUAGCCUACGUAAAGACACAAGCACUGAGCUUAAUGAAGACCAUAUCACGAGUCCUUGAAGAAGUCUCCGCUUAUACCGAAACCAACACUACUCCUAAAUGGUUCCCAUCCUCAAGACUCCCUCCAACACAUUUUAUACUACAACUAGUUUCCAAGAACUUGGUUGUGUUUCCAAAGAACGUUAACGCCGAGAAUGCUUCAAUUUUACCGGUUAUGUUGUCUACGAAGUUACUCCCCGAGAUGGAAACUGAUAACAACGUUAAGAGAGAAGGGUUGCUUCAAGAGGUUCAGAGUUUGCCUAUAGCUACGCAAAUCGAAACCCUAAAGGAGAGGAUUGGUAAGAUUGCAGAGGCUUGUGAAAGUGCAGCGAAAGAGAUGGCUGAUGCUCGUAAAGCUUAUGGAUUUCCCCCACAUAGCGGUCUUUCUAUGUCUCCUUUUCCUACUAUGGAUAAAGUUCAAGCUGCAAAGAUUCUGGAUCAGGAGAACAUGCUACGUGGAUCUGUAAACGAGGGUACAGGACUAAUGCCUCCAGACCAGAGAGAGAUCACUACUUCACUUCCUCCGCAUAUGGUAGCUGCGUUAUUCGAUCCAGGCAAUAAUGUGGCAUCAAACAACAUCAACAGUCAAGAAGAUCUGAUGCAGGUUUCUGGAACACAACUUAUGGAGAGUUCAGCUGCAUCUUCAUCUGGUGCUAACUUUGAUACCACAGGACCAACAAGGCAUGCCUCUCCAACGUUGGGUGACCAGAUGUCUAACAGCAGUGGAAUGAUGCAAACGCAAGAGUCUCAAUCUGAGCAGCAGCAGCAGCAACAACAAGGAGAAGGAGGACGUGGCCAUGGAAAUAUGCAGACCAAUUAG